AUGAACAAGGCUCAAGAACUCCUGGAUGCGGAUCAGUGUGAUCAGGAGGCCCUGAGAGUGAUCCAGAAGGAGCUGGAGACACGGCUGAACAACCUGGAUGGACUACAGAGUGACUUGGAGCUGAUGAUCGAGUCUGAGAGUGAGAUGCUGGAUGACAUUGAGAAGGCUGGCGUGUUUCGUGACUCUGUACUUGGCGUGCUCUCCAAUGUGGUGAAAGCUGAUGGAGUGGGCGAGGGAUGGUUGACGAUGCAGGCCAUCGAGGUUCCUGUGAUCUGUGCGCCCCUGUCCCGGCCCAGCCUGCCUGCCUCUGUGAUGGCGGAGCUGUCUCACCUCCCGAUGGCUGGCCGCCCUCCUCCCGAUGAGCCGCUGCACGUGCACAUCCUCGUCGGUAUGGACUACUACUGGAGUAUGGCUAAGUUUCGCGAUUCCAUUCGAAUGGACGAUGGGCGGUAUGAGGUGGCUCUGCCGUGGAAGAGAGACCCUGGUGAGCUAGUCGACAAUAGGCAGGCUGCUGAGGUACGACUGGCUGGUCUCUCGAGGAAGCUUGGAAAGGACUCCAAGCUGGGUGAGGAGUAUGAUCAGGCUCUGAAGGAGAUGGAGGCGAAUGGGGUGAUCGCAGAGGUGCCACGAGAGGAGCUCGUGUCAGAGAAUCCCACUUUCUACCUACCGCACAGGCCGGUAGUGAAGGAAAGUAGCACCUCCACGCGCGUGCGUCCGGUGUUUGACGCGUCGGCGACUGACAGGCACGGUCUUUCGCUCAAUGAUUGUCUCGAGGUUGGUCCGAAUCUGAUUCCCAACCUGUGUGAGGUGUUGUUGAGGUUCCGCCGGUGGAGAUUCGCGGUCACCGGUGAUAUCCGGAAAGCUUUCCUGCAGAUCCGGGUGAGGAGAUCAGAUCAGGACGUUCUCCGCUUUCUGUGGGAGCUGGACGGUCGUCUUCGGACCAUGCGGUUUCAGCGAGUCAUUUUCGGAGCGGCGUGCUCGCCGUUCUUGCUGAUCGCGACCAUCCAGUACCAUCUGGAUAAGUAUCCACCCUCUCGCGCUGUCCGAGAGCUCCAGACUUCUCUGUACAUGGAUGACUUUGUGUCUGGGUGUGAUACCGAGCAGGGUGCUCGUGAGCUGCUUACCGAGGCCCAGUCUAUCCUCAGUGACGCUGGGAUGGAGCUCACGAAGUGCACUUCCAACAGUGAGCUCGUACUCGAUCGAACUCACGCGCUGGCCGGCAGUCCUGAGGACGAGAGCGUGAAGGUUCUCGGACUGAGAUGGCUACCUGAUAGGGACGUGUUCGUGUUUGAGGGUGUCAGCAUGCCUGACAAUGUGGUGCCCACCAAGCGAGUCUUGUUGAGUCUGAUCGCGAGGUUGUUUGAUCCGAUGCAGUGGCUGGCUCCUCACACAAUGGUGGCAAAAUGUCUGUUUCAGGACCUGUGGCGGAUCGGUCUGGGCUGGGACGAGAUCCUGCCUCCUGAGCUCUGUGACGUGUUUUCUGACUGGGUGAGAGGACUGGAGGUCCUGAAGCAGAUGGAGAUUCCUCGGAGCUACUUCAGCUCAGGUUGGAACGGUGGGGAGGGUGUGAGCCUUCACGCCUUUGGUGACGCCUCGCCAAAGGGAUACGGGGCGGUGGUCUAUGUGUGUGCCCCUCGUGAGGAUGGCUCUCGUGACGUGUGUCUGGUCAUGGCGAAGGCACGUGUGGCGCCGAUCGCCGCUCACACUCUGCCUCGUUUGGAGCUGUUGGGCAGCCUGCUGGCGGCCAGGCUGGUGGUGUUCGUCCGGCGGGCACUGCAGCUGCCGGAGACCACGCCCUCGCUCUGCUGGACUGACAGCAGAAUUGUCCUCGGCUGGGUACAGGCGGACCCAGCGAGAUGGAAACAGUUCGUGUCGAACAGGAACUGUUAG